AUGAUGGAGAAAGCUUCAGAUGACCAUAGUGGUGACAGUGCCGAGAUAGACGCUGAAAAUAUGGAGCGAAAAGAGACUACCAGCGGUCCAGCAACAGGAGAAGCAGCCAAUUCUCCACUGCAUGACAGUGUUUCUGAUGAUACCUUUGAAGAUUUGGCAGAGUUGGGUGUCCAGCCACAUCAUACGUGGAAGAAGGAUAGUAGACAUAGUGGUGGAGCUGCAGCUGAUAUGCCCACGACGCUACUACGACGGGCUAGUUCGGGCGCGAGUAACGGAACCCGACGAAGUGGUGCUAGUGCGUCUUCAGGUCGAUUGUCACCAGCCAAGGAUGACAUGAUUAGAGCAGAAUAUGAUGCAGAGAUAGUAGAGGCAAUUUCGUCGGAUGUGGAAGACUCGGAUUAUUAUACCAGUGGAAGUGAAGACGAGUAUAGUGACAGUGACACAGAUGCCGUAGGUUGCUUGAGUGAUACAGAGGAGCCUACGGAAGCAAAUGCAAUGGCUUCCAUCGGCUCUGAAGAAAAAUCAGGAGCCGCAACAGAAGAAGGAGCUGCUGCCGCCGCCGCAGAAACCAAAAAGAAGAAGAAGGAAAAGAAGAAAAAGAAAAAAGAGAAGGACAAGAAAAAGAAGCGCUCCUCCAAAAGAUCAUCUACUUCUACUCGUGCCAAUAGAUCUGUCGAUGGCUCCACGAAGUCAGCCACCGACAAAAAGAAGAAACGAAAGAGCAGGGCCUCGGGCGCCUCGGACAAUAAGAGAAAUACAGAUGAGCAGACAGCGGAAAGAGAGGCGCAAAAGGAGCUAAUCCUAAAACUCCAAAAUCAGCUUUCGGAGGCUCUUCACAAGGUUGUAACAACGACCGAAGAACACAUCAAUGACAAGAAUAGCUUCCUCAAAGUAUCGACGGAACUGGCAGAACUAAAGGGACAAAUUAAAGCGCUCACAAAAACCCACGAGGAUGCUCAGACGACCAUCGGAAUUAAGGAAGCCACCAUUUCCGAACAAGAAAACCGUAUUAGCAAGUUGGAGAAGGCCGUCGAACGACAAUUGGACCUUCAGGAGGAAUUGGAAUCCAAAGUAGAUCGAUCAGAAGAAGAGAUCAACAAAUUACUAGAAGAAAUUGAGGAAUUGGAAAAGCAGCAACUGGAGGUUUCGGCAAGAGGCGAAGGGGCACCAGUUGGAGGAGCGGUCGCCGCUACAAGUCGAGCUCUCCAAGCUGAGCUGGACAAAUGCAAGGCGCAACUCGAGAAAAAAGAGAAGCAAAUAGAGGAAUACAAGACAGCGGUUGAUGAGCUGGAGAAGGAUCUAGAAGAGGGUCGCACUAUCAAUCGAUUACAGGUCAAUGAGAUGGAAGAAACCAAUAUCUCGCUGCAGGGCAAGCUCAAGGCAGAACGAUUAGAAGUAUCUCGAAAACUUGAGCAAAAGGAUGAUAUCAUUAGUGGAUUGCAAAAGGAAAUCGACAACUACAAACGAACGGACGACGUCCAAGAUUUGGUGACAGCACGAGAAAAAUUAAAUGCGACACGGAUCGAGCUGGAUGAAACUAAGGCUGCUAAGGAAGCCAGUAUGAAAGACUUGGCAGCUUUGAAUCGGGAAAAGGAAGACUUGCAAGAAAAGCUAAAUGUGCUUACGACCCAAACGACUACCCUCCGACAAGAUAAUAAAGAACUGGAAGCCAAAGCCAAGAAGUCGCAUUUGCAAGUCCUCGAAUGGACUGAGAAAACAUACGACUGGAAGUCUCGCGCCGAAGCGGCGGAGAAAAAGCUGCAAUCACAAAAUGGCGAACAAGAUCCUUCUGGCGACGCAGCACCACAAGGCACAUUCUUGCAAGCAAUCAUGGACAACCAAGCCGCCAAGCAACAGCAGCAACGAGGUAGUUCUGGAGUCAAUCUACGUAGAUCGGUUCAAGGUUGGUUUGGAAAAGUAUCUGAUGAAGGACCAGCUAGCAAUGAAGAAUACGACCCGGAUGCACCUGUAGAGCAAAUGCGAAUGCAGAAACUGGAAGAACGUAAUGCAUCGCUAGACGCUACUGUGGCCCAACUUCGCAGUGAAAUUGUCAAGCUUCAAUCGUCCCACAAGGAGAAGCUGUACUCCUUGCAAAAGGAAAUGGAUGCUGUGCGUGGCGAAAACGAAGCGCUUCAGCUGAAGAAAACGACGCUGCAACAGCAAUCAAAUUGA